CUCACUUUCCUGCGACAGUGGACCCUAGCCUGGAUUUGUGACUGGAAACAUGGCUGCGUGUACUGGAGAGCGAUGGAGGAGCAAACUGCAGGCCCAUGCUCUAUUUGCAAAGCUUCGUGAAAACCUGCAGUUUGAGCCUAGCGGGAGCGGCAGGAAACCGGCGAAGAAUCUCACCUUCUGCUUAGACGGGGACCUGUUUGUGUGGGACGGAGCGGAGAGUGCGUUUUACACCACGAAUCUGCGGCAGCUUAACAGUACAGACUUGGUUCCAGAACAUUAUCAGACCCUGCUGUGCAUCAACCCGCCGCUGUUCGAAGUGCAUCAGGUUCUGCUUAGCCCCACGCAGUACCAUGUGGCUCUGCUUGGGCACAAAGGAGUGAGUGUGCUGGAACUACCUCAGCGCUGGGGCAAGAGGUCUGAGUUUGAAGGAGGGCGCCGCACAGUCAACUGCAAGACUAUCCCAGUAGCUGAGCGCUUCUUCACCAGCUCUGGCUCUCUAACGUUGAGACAAGCUGCCUGGUACCCCAGUGAGACUGAAGAGCUCCACUUAGUUCUGCUUACCUCUGACAACUCCCUCCGAUGCUACAGUCUGAAGGAGCCACAGACCCCAGCAAAGAGCCUCUCUCUGUCUCAGCCUGAAGAGGAGAGUGCUGUCCGGACAAGAGGGCGGUCCUAUGCAGCUUCACUGGGGGAGAUCGCUGUAGCUUUUGACUUUGGCCCCAGGCUUCCGGCUCCUAAGCAGCUCGUGGGUCAGCGAGCGAGGGAGGACGUGCUGGCGUACCCCCUCUACAUCCUCUACGAGAAUGGAGAGACCUUCCUCAGCUAUGUCAGCCUGGCACAAAGUGGAGGGAGUCUGGGGAAGCCUGUGGGCCCCCUGCCCAUGCACCCUGCGGCGGAGGAUAACUACGGCUACGACGCCUGCGCAGUGCUGUGCCUGCCUUGCGUGCCCAACAUCCUGGUGAUCGCCACUGAGAGCGGCACUCUGUAUCACUGUGUGGUGCUGGAGGGGGAGGAGGAGGAAGACACUGCACUCAGUGAUCGCUGGCCCCAGGGUACGGUGCCAGUGCCCUCUCUCUAUGUCUUCGAAUGCGUUGAGCUCGAGCUGACUCUCAAACUGGCAGCCAGCCAGGAUGGGGAGGAGCCUGUAGAGUCAGACUUCACCUGCCCAAUCAGACUGCACCGAGACCCGCUGUGCCAGACAAGGUACCACUGCACCCACGAGGCCGGCGUUCACAGUGUGGGUCUGACCUGGUUCAGUAAACUGCACAAAUUCCUUCAGUCAGAUGAAGAAGACAAGGACGGUUUGCAGGAGCUGGCAGCUGAGCAGCGCUGCAUCGUGGAGCACAUCCUCUGCACCCGUCCGCUGACCUGUAGCGCGACUGCCCCUGUUCGAGGCUUCUGGAUCGUCUCAGACCUGUCUCUCGGAGCCACCAUGAUCUGCAUUACCAGCAGCUCCGACUGCAUCACCCAGCCACUGCUGAGCGCUACCCGCCCCCCCUCGCCCCCCCUGCUCUGCUCUCGUCCUGGCUUGGAGUUGGGCAGCUCCCCACUGCGUGGCUUUGGAGAAGACUCCUUCGAGCAGCACAUCCGGAACAUUCUGCAGCGUGGCUCUGCCAAUCCCCUACUGCUCAGGUCUGGCAAUAAGGACGUCUCCCCUCCCCCACCAGAGUGUUUGCAGCUGCUGAGCCGUGCGACCCAGGUGUUCCGUGACGAGUACAUCCUGAAACAAGACCUGGCCCGGGAGGAGAUCCAGCGCAGGGUGAAGCUGCUGUGUGGACAGAAAGACAAGCAGCUGGAAGACAUGGCACACUGCAGAGAGGAGAGGAAGAGCCUGAGAGAGAUGGCAGAACGGCUGGCUGAUAAGUAUGAGGACGCUAAGUAUCGACAGGAAGUCAUCAUGAACAGGAUGAAGCAGAUCCUGGGUAGUUUCCGCUCACAGCUGCCUGUGCUGUCAGACAGCGAGAAAGACAUGAGGAAAGAACUGCUGACAAUCAACGACCAGCUCCGUCACCUAGACAACAGCAUCAAGCAGGUCAAUAUGAAGAAAGAAUACCAGCAGAAACAGAUGGAGAAGGGGGUGUCGGUCCCUAAAGCCAAUCUGUCUCUCACUGCACAUCAGAGGACGUGUGUCUUCAGCAUUCUCAAGGAGGAGGGAGAGCACAUCGCUGAGAUGAUGAAGCAGAUCAAGGACAUCAAGAAUCACUUCAGCUUCUGAGAAGAGCACUGGGUUCAGACUGCACUUCAAACCAGCGCUCAGAACCAGGAAAUAUUACAGGAUUAUUUGUAAUAUUUGAAAUGCAACUAGUCAGCAAUUGGCUUUUUAACUUUUCAGUAUUUGUAGUACUUGAGUUUUUUUGGUCUCUAAGUUGCAGUUUAUAUGUAACUGAGAAAGAAAGGCUCUUAUACCACAGAACUAAAGAAACUUAACGGAUAGUUAUAAAAUUAAAUAGACAAUUCAACAAGUUAACUUUUAUAACUACCAAGGAUAAAAUUAUGCUUCUAAGCUUACAAGGUAAAAAAAAUGUAAGUCUACCUUGUUGUUUGAAGUUGUUUGUAUACAUCCGAAUCGCCUACACUUGUACAUACUUUAUGUAUUCAUCUCGUGGGAGAAUAAACACCUUUUGUAAGGAA